AUGAAGCCAAAGUUGGGUAGGUUCACUCACACCUUCUCAGAACAGUAUGGACAAGUCGUGGUAGAACACGUCAAAGAUUUAUCUAACAGAUGUAUGCCGCUCAUGAAAAAAGAGUUUUUGAAGUUAGCCUAUGACUUAGCUGAAGAAAUGAAGAUCCCGCAUCGAUUUAAUAAGGAAAAAGGAAGUGCUGGUAAACAUUUUUACUACGACUUCAUGCGAAGGCAUUCUGACAUUUCGCUGAGAACACCAGAAUCGACAAGUAUGAUGCGCGCUGUUGGAUUUAACAAACCGGAAGUCGAUUUAUUUUACGAUAAUCCGAAAAAACUGAUGACACAAUACAAAUUCCCACCCUCAAGAAUUUACAACUGUGAUGAAACUGGUGUCAGUUGCGUGCACAGACACCAAAAAGUCCUCGCACCAAAAUCUAUCCGUCAGGUUGGAAAGCUCAAGUCUGCUGAAAGGGGCAAAAAUAUCACAGUUUUGUUCUGUAUGAGUGUUAACGGUCACUACAUACCGCCAUUUUUCCACUUUCCAAGGCAAAGGAUGAACGAAAGACGUAGGCGUAGCCCAGCCAAAAUGGUGGAUGCACAGUGA